AUGGUGUUCCAUAAGGAAUUCCAGACUGCAGGGAAGGAGCCUGGUCUCCAGGUGUGGCGCGUGGAGAAGAUGGAUCUGAAGCCGGUUCUUAAACAGCUCCACGGGAACUUCUUCACCGGAGACUGCUACGUUCUGCUCUACACCACCGCCGCCCCCUCAUACUACAUCCACAUGUGGCUGGGUGAGAGCGAGAGCUGGUUACCCGACUGAUAUAGCCUACCACCAGGGUCACUCAGGCUGAGCCUCUAACCACUAUCCUAUACGUGCAGGAAAUGCCCACAUAGUGAUGAGCGUUAUCAAAAGAUACAUGCCUGUUCACCUGUCCUAUCUAUUUGAUAAUUGACUGAAAGGUUCCUCCCUUGUAUGUUGUGUAUGCUCCGGGGAGAAGUUUCCCCUAUGUACAGAUCUAGGAUCAGCAAUCCUAACCUUAACCAUUAGUAGGACAAAUGCUAAACUGACCCAAGUACAGCACCUAGGGAAAACUUCAACCUACACCGUUCUGUAUGUUCAUAUGGACUUUCCCAUUGGUCUUCUUUCUCAACUCCCCUUGUCUCUAUUGGCUGAUACCACAGGAAGUGAGAGUUCUCAGGAUGAGAAAGGUGCGGCGGCCAUCUUUACCACCCAGCUGGAUGAUUUCCUGGGCGGAGGCCCGGUCCAGUUCAGAGAGGUGCAGAACAACGAAUCUAUCACCUUCCUGGGUUACUUCAAGUCUGGCAUCAAGUACAAGGUUAGAUAUUACAGAAUAAUAUCUUGGAGAGACCGUUUGGCAUAUCAGCGUAGAUCAGGUCGCCAUCGAAAAAGAGGUGUCUAACCUCAAGUGUUUCUGGUUAAAUAAAGAUAACCACGCACACGCUAGCAUGAACACUCUACACACACGUAUAUUGUAAUAUUGUUGUAUGGUGCUAUUAUACAUUUUGUAUUGUAGAUAUGUAGUGGUGUAAUAAUGUUAUAUGAUGUACUGUUUUACAGUGGGGGAAAAAAUUAUUUAGUCAGCCACCAAUUGUGCAAGUUCUCCCACUUAAAAAGAUGAGAGAGGUCUGUAAUUUUCAUCAUAGGUACAUGUCAACUAUGACAGACAAAAUGAGGAAAAGAAAUCCAGAAAAUCACAUUGUAGGAUUUUUAAUGAAUUUAUUUGCAAAUUAUGGUGGAAAAUAAGUAUUUGGUCAAUAACAAAAGUUUCUCAAUACUUUGUUAUAUACCCUUUGUUGGCAAUGACACAGGUCAAACGUUUUCUGUAAGUCUUCACAAGGUUUUCACACACUGUUGCUGGUAUUUUGGCCCAUUCCUCCAUGCAGAUCUCCUCUAGUGCAGUGAUGUUUUGGGGCUGUCGCUGGGCAACACAGACUUUCAACUCCCUCCAAAGAUUUUCUAUGGGGUUGAGAUCUGGAGACUGGCUAGGCCACUCCAGGACCUUGAAAUGCUUCUUACGAAGCCACUCCUUCGUUGCCCGGGCGGUGUGUUUGGGAUCAUUGUCAUGCUGAAAGACCCAGCCACGUUUCAUCUUCAAUGCCCUUGCUGAUGGAAGGAGGUUUUCACUCAAAAUCUCAUGAUACAUGGCCCCAUUCAUUCUUUCCUUUACACGGAUCAGUCGUCCUGGUCCCUUUGCAGAAAAACAGCCCCAAAGCAUGAUGUUUCCACCCCCAUGCUUCACAGUAGGUAUGGUGUUCUUUGGAUGCAACUCAGCAUUCUUUGAACUCCAAACACGACGAGUUGAGUUUUUACCAAAAAGUUCUAUUUUGGUUUCAUCUGACCAUAUGACAUUCUCCCAAUCCUCUUCUGGAUCAUCCAAAUGCACUCUAGCAAACUUCAGACGGGCCUGGAUAUGUACUGGCUUAAGCAGGGGGACACGUCUGGCACUGCAGGAUUUGAGUCCCUGGCGGCAUAGUGUGUUACUGAUGGUAGGCUUUGUUACUUUGGUCCCAGCUCUCUGCAGGUCAUCCACUAGGUCCCCCGUGUGGUUCUGGGAUUUUUUGCUCACCGUUCUUGUGAUCAUUUUGACCCCACGGGGUGAGAUCUUGCGUGGAGCCCCAGAUCGAGGGAGAUUAUCAGUGGUCUUGUAUGUCUUCCAUUUCCUAAUAAUUGCUCCCACAGUUGAUUUCUUCAAACCAAGCUGCUUACCUAUUGCAGAUUCAGUCUACCCAGCCUGGUGCAGGUCUACAAUUUUGUUUCUGGUGUCCUUUGACAGCUCUUUGGUCUUGGCCAUAGUGGAGUUUGGAGUGUGACUGUUUGAGGUUGUGGACAGGUGUCUUUUAUACUGAUAACAAGUUCAAACAGGUGCCAUUAAUACAGGUAACGAGUGGAGGACAGAGGAGCCUCUUAAAGAAGAAGUUACAGGUCUGUGAGAGCCAGAAAUCUUGCUUGUUUGUAGGUGACCAAAUACUUAUUUUCCACCAUAAUUUGCAAAUAAAUUCAUUAAAAAUCCUACAAUGUGAUUUUCUGGAUUUUUUUUCUCAAUUUGUCUGUCAUAGUUGACGUGUACCUAUGAUGAAAAUUACAGGCCUCUCUCAUCUUUUUAAGUGGGAGAACUUGCACAAUUGGUGGCUGACUAAAUACUUUUUUUUUCCACUGUAUGUUUUGUUUUAUAUGUAAUGCAAGUGCCUUAAUGUGUUUGGACCCCAGGAAGAGUAGCAGCUGCCUUGGCAUCAGCUAAUGGGGAUCCGUAAUAAAUACAAAUACAGUACUGUACAUCCUUUUAAAAAUGACUGAAGGUCUCGCUGUAUUUCGCAUGACAACCCCAGUAUAGUUUUGGUUUCCCUUUCCAGCACUUAGAUGCUUACUCUGUUGUUAUAGAGCCCACUACUAUACGUAUCUGUGUUUGUCAAUGACAUUGAACCCCAAUGCAUUGAAGGGAAGGGUCAUUAUCAGAAAGAAUGUGUGUGGGUUUCUCAUUAUUAGGUUAAGUAUUGAUAAGUAGAGUAGAGUCCCAUUUGAACUUGUUGACUAAUGAGAUUCAAUUUCACAGCUAUUAGUAUUGAUUACCAGCGUCCGGUUAAAGGAUGGUCAAAGGUGUAUUAAUCAAUACUCUAGUGAGAACAACCCCAACAGCAACACACCCAUCAAAGUAUUGAAAUACUAAUGAGUAAUGACACAUGUUGCACAGAUUUGAAGCUGUACAUGCACAAAAGAGGGAUUUGCUGAAAAGCUAACUGUGCUAUUUAUAGUACUGUGUGUCUUUAAGUUUUAGCUUCUACAGUGGAUAAAGUUUUCCAAAGAGGGUUGCCAUGGAGAGUUUGAAAUGGUAGACAGGCUAAGGGAGGAUACAUCUGGGUAUAAUUCCAGAAAGCCAAAUGGCUGCAUGUCUGGCAAGAUUUUAUAUUGACUUCUGGAUUGGAAAGUAUAGGAAGCAUUGGAAGUAAAUGUUUACUUACUACUCUGGACAAAGUUACUCACAAUGAAGUUGGAGUUUAACAUGCAGUAUGUAACAUAUAUAUAUAUAUAUAUAUAUAUAUAUAUAUAUAAACUUCUUAUAAACAAUGUAUUAUUGUUAGCUUCGUUAACCUGACACAGUAUUUCCAUUCUCUGUCCUUCAGCAAGGUGGGGUGGCCUCUGGCUUCCAGCACGUGGUGACCAACGACAUGAACGUCAAGCGUCUGCUGCACAUCAAGGGCCGCAGGACCAUCAGGGCCACAGAGGUAGACAUGUCCUGGUCCAGCUUCAACAGAGGAGACUGCUUCAUCAUUGACCUGGGAAAGGUGAGGCUGGGAUAGCGUACCGGUGACUAAGCUAAUUGAUGAUAUGUUACUAAGUCUCCUCAACCAGACCCACAUGUGUUGAACUUGGCCAAUGCUACAUAGGGGGAUUGUCACAUAGGCAGAAACACAAUGAUUCCACAUGCACAAUGUUUGCAUAUGUGUAAUGGGGGUGAUGACAGCUCCAAAAAAGGAGAGGGUUGUAAAAUACCCCAGUUGUUAUUUUGUGGAUCAUGCAUGAGCAUGCAUAAGUAGGGGAGAGUGGGGUAAGUUGAAGUUAUUUUUACUUUCAGCAUCACUCCGUCAAGGCAAAUAUAGUAUUCUGUCUAACAAAGAUAUCUACAUAUAUUUCAGGAUAGUCUGUAUCCCUGGGAAUAAACAGAAAUCCUGUAAACUUUACCGUCUUGAAAACAUAGCUUGUCCAGAAAAAGUGGUCUCUUGGCACAACUUACCCCGGGUAUGGGGUUAGUUAAGCCAACUACAUAUUUCUGUACUGAAUGAAUUAUUACCACUACCUUUUUAAAACCAUGUCUAGCUUUUUUCCCAAACACAAUUCAAUACAAUCACAAUCGUUUUUUUGUCUUUUAAUCAUUUUAAGCAUAUUGUAAUACAGACUUAACACCUAACAAACACUUUUAACAUAGGCCAGGACCUGUUGUUACCUCAUAUCCCAGAGAUAAUGCCUUGCAUUACGCCUGGGAAGAAACACUUCAAUUUGCUCAACUUGCCAUUGGCUCAACGUACCCAAAGGCAAACAUUUUUACCAAAUUAGCCCACACAGCUACAAGAAUGCACUUUCAUGCUAGGUUUAUUGAAGCUUAUAGAGACCCCAACUGAUGUAUAGAACAAUCUUAAAAGUAUCUACUUUGGUUUAGAUACAAGCAUCAUGAAACCUCUAACAAAAUAAUAAUUUGAAAAUCAGUUUGUUGGACCUAACUUGCUUACCACUUUUUCCAUGUGGUUUCUUCCUUCACAGGCUCCAUGAAAUGAUGACCUCUUCCUAAAUAUUUGGCUAAAUGAUACAUUUUCUGUAUGGUUUCCUAUAAACAAGGGUGGCUUAACUUACCCCUUUGGCUCAACUUACCCCACUCUCCCCAAUGCAUAAAUAGUAGUUCCUGGGGCCACCCAUAUGUAAAAUGUAUGCACGCAAGUCACUUUGGAUAAAAGCAUCUGCUAAAUGGCAUAUAUUAUUAUAUAUUGUAUUUAUAUUCAGAGGCAAGAGUCUCUUCCCUUACCCUUAGGCUGAGUCAUGGCCAUUCAGACAACUUUUGUUUCUAUUCUCAGGACAUCUUCCAGUGGUGUGGCAGUGAGUGCAACCACUUCGAGCGUCUGAAGGCAUCCCAGGUGGCCAUCGAUGUCCGUGACAACGAGAGGAAUGGCCGUGCCACGCUGCAGAUGGUUGAGGAGGGAGGAGAGCCACAGGCUGUCAUCGACGUGAGUCACUCACACACACACACACAAACAGAUGAUCGAGGAGGGAGGAUAGCCACAGGCUGUCAUCGAUGUGAGUCACCUUCACCACCACUUCUUGACCCUGUAACAUUGGAAGGGUCAGAGAAUAUUGGGAGAGAUGGUUACUGACAUCUGGCAUUGUUAUUCUCUCUGGGCACACUAAGUCAUUGCAGUACGACCUUAUCUCAUUCAAAGCAUUUAAAGGGUAAGGAGUUGUUCCUAGUCAUGGUGGUCACAAACUCUAUACAAGGUAUUUUAUGCAAUGCUGGAACCUUAGAUGAGUGCACUGGGACUUCAUAGGCAGAGCUGAUAAACUUGUCUAUGACUUAUUUCCCCUUAUUGACGACAGGAAGCAUUGUUGUGAUUGUGUUUAUUUUUAGGCUCUAGGGCCCAAACCCAACAUCCCUGCAGGAAGCCCUGAUGACGAGUCUGUCGAUAGAUCCAACCAGAAGAAGGGAGCUCUCUACAUGGUAAAGAUUUGCAGCCUUGUGAUGCUCCCAGUCUGACGUGUGUGUGUUGUGUGAUGGCGCUGGGUACUGUGACAGCAAAAUGAUCAAUUUCCGUUGUCGCUGUAUAAUAUUGAUGAAUAAAUAUGUGUAUUGUGUUGUAGAUCUCUGAUGUGGCAGGCUCCAUGAAGGCGUCAGUGGUGGCCCAGACCUGCCCCUUCAAACAAGAAAUGCUCUCCCCCAGUGAGUGUUACAUUCUGGACAAUGGAGUGGACACCAAGAUCUUCAUCUGGAAAGGACCUAGUGCCAACACAGCUGAACGCAAUGCUGCCAUGAAGGCCGCAGAGCAGUUCAUCAAGGAGAAGAAGUACCCCAGACACACCCAGGUAACGUUAUAGCAAACGGCUCCCCCGUCACUACUGCUGCCUUGAAUAUUCUGAAGUUGUACCCAUGUUUGGGAAGUUAGUCUGAAGUGGUAACACCACCAACUCUGGAAGAACACAUGUUAAUCCCGCCGGUCUGGCAUUUUCCAUACAUAAGGGGAAUGGCAUUCCAUGACAGCAACCACUCCAAAUCCCAUCAACAUCCUCUCAGAUCUGUGGAUUGAUCAAGUCCUUUGAUGUCUACUCUACUGUAUUCUAUAGGUCCAGGUGUUGCCGGGCGGAGGUGAGACCACCCUGUUCAAGCAGUUCUUCUGUAACUGGAAGGAUAAGGACCAGACCACGGGCCCAGGCCAGGCCUACAGCUUGGGGCGUAUCGCCAGGGUGGCGCAGGUCCCCUUCGACUCCUCCGCCCUGCACACCAACAAGACCAUGGCAGCCCAGCACGGCAUGGUGGAUGACGGAUCCGGGAAGGUUCAGGUACGGCUGGAAGAUACUAGUGAUGACAUACGAAGAUCUAACUCAGGACUAUAUCAAACAAGUGGCUGUGAAAGGGAAAGGUAAAGGGGAUACCUAGUCAGUUGUACAACUGAAUGCAUUCAACUGAAAUGUAUCUACUGCAUAGGUACUGGAGGAGAGGUUCGGGAAACACUGAUCUAACUCUACUACUCCUGGUGUUUUUAAUGUAGAACAUGACACACUGGGAGAAGUACACUGAGUGUACAAAACAUUAUGAACAUUGGGUUUUAUUUAUUAAAUGAAAGGCUUGUUGGGUUUCAGUUCUGGUGUCCUGCCACCUCUCUCUGCCAGCUGCCAGGCUAUUUCUGCAGGUGGGAUGUGGAGCACUCCUGUAACCUGGUUGAUUCCCCCCCCCCCCUUCAUUUUUACAUCACAUAAAUGUUCAUAGAUGUAGACUCACUACACUGAGUAUACAAAACAUUAAGAACACCUUUCCAUGACAGACUGACCAGGUGAAUCCAGGUGAAAGCUAUUAUCCCUUAUAGAUGUCACCUGUUAAAUCCACUUAAAUCAGUGUAGAUGAAGGGGAGGAGACAGGUUAAAGAAGGACGUUUAAGCCUUGAGACAAUUGAGACAUGGAUUGUGUAUGUGUGCCAUUCAGAGGGUGAAUGGGCAAGACAAGAUUUAAUUGCCUUUGAACGGGGAAUGGUAGUAGGUGCCAGGCGCACCGGUUUGUGUCAAGAACUGCAACGCUGCUGGGUUUUUCAGUUUCCCAUGUGUAUCAAGAAUGAUCCACCACCCAAAGGACAUCCUUGACGAAGCACUAGAGUCAGCAUGGGCCAGCAUCCCUGUGGAACGCUUUCGACACCUUGUAGAGUCCAUGCCCUGACGAAUUGAGGCUGUUCUGAGGGCAAAAGUGGGGGUGCAACUCUAUAUUAGGAAGGUGUUCUUAAUGUUUUGUACACUCAGUGUAUGUCGUAACAUAAAGGCGAUGGGUCUCCUCCUCAGGUGUGGCGUGUGGAGGAUGGUGACCAGGUGCCAGUGGACCCUUCCAGCUAUGGUCAGUUCUAUGGAGGUGACUGCUACCUGGUCCUGUACAGCUACCGCCUGGGAGGCAGGGAGCAGCACAUCAUCUACACCUGGUGAGUGUUGUUCACCAUGUCGCCACAAGAGGGAGACAUAAUCAGGUGUAAGCUAUAGGCCUAGCUAUGCAGGAGGCAGGAGCACAUCCAUUCUCUGUGUUUUUCCCUAUUCAUAUCCCUAUAAGAUUGAUUGAUUAAUUGAUUGCAGGCAGGGGCUGAAGUGUACUCAGGAUGAGCUGGCUGCCUCCGCCUUCCUGACUGUCAGGCUGGACGACUCCAUGGGAGGGUCUCCUGUCCAGGUAAAAUACUAAUACAGACACUAUUCAGAACAGAUAUAUCUGAUUUAAUCACAUCACAUAUGUAAUAAAAAGGGGUUCUCUGUAUAUCAUCGUCUUGACUUAAAUGGUUGGACUGGUGAAGGCUCCAGAGGCGCUGCUCUGUGGCUGACCCUGUGCAGGUUCCAGCCUCUUGUGUGUGUGUCGAUCCUAUUCUAUGGUUUGACGGAUGUGCUGAAGUGUCUCAUCUCCUCCUCUCUCCUCCAGGUGCGGGUGACUCAGGGCCAGGAGCCGGCCCACCUGAUGAGUCUGUUCAAGGGGAAGCCCAUGGUGAUCCACCUGGGGGGGACGUCCCGUAAGGGGGGCCAGAGCAGGGUGGGCUCCACACGCCUCUUCCACAUCCGCCAGAGCUCCACCAGGGCCACACGGGCUGUAGAGGUCAGUCAGUCACACAACAUAUACAAAUCAAAUGUUAUUGGUCGCAUACACACACACACUGUCAGGAUAAACCUGUAUGGGGUGAACGAAGUCAAGCGCAGGACACCGAGAGACUGGCAGAUGUACUUUACUAAUAAACGUAAUGAAAAGUACAAAACAACAAAACCUCCAAAACAGGGAGGAACAAUAAUCGCAAUACACAGUCCUGCCGAAAACAAACUGAGAACAAUCACACACAACAAACGAAUGACAGACAGGGGUUAUAAAGGGAAACCAUCAACACUAAUGGGAAACAGGUGUACACAAAGCAGACCAAUCUAGAUGAUUGCUGAAACCUAGAUCGGUGGCAGCUAGUACUCCGGGGACGACGAACGCCAAAGCCUGCCCGAGCAAGGAGGAGGAGCAGCCUCGGCUAAAUCCGUGACAGUACCCCCCCCCCCCCCCCCUUGACGCGCGGCUCCAGCCGUGCGCCGACCCCGGCCUCAGGGACGGCCAGGAGGACGCGGAGCAGGGCGAGUCGGAUGACUCCGGUGGAAAUCCCUCAGCAUGGAGGGGUCUAGGAUGUCCCUCCUAGGGACCCAGCACCGUUCCUCCGGACCGUACCCCUCCCACUCCACAGACACUUCUCUGCCUUCACAUACAGGUCAUGCUCCAACAGUCUACCAAGCACCCAACGCACCAGGGACACAUGCUCGGCACGUGUAGCGGAGUAUAUUAGAAUGUCAUCAAUAUACACCACUACACCCUGUCCAUGCAAGUCCCGGAAAGUCUCGUCCUCAAACGACUGGAAUACUGAAGGAACAUUCAUUAAACCGUAUGGCAUGACAAGGUACUCAUAGUGACCCGAGGUUGUACUAAAUGCUGUCUUGUACUAAAUGCAUCUCCCUCCCUAAUGCGCACCAGGUUGUACGCGCUCCUGAGGUCCAAUUUUGUGAAGAAUCGCGCCCCGUGUAAUGACUCCGUCAUACUAGCAAUCAGAGGGAGAGGAUAGCUGUACUUGAUUGUGAUCUGAUUGAGACCACGGUAAUCAAUACACGGGCGUAAACCCCCAUCCUUCUUCUUCACAAAAAAGAAACUCGAUGACACAGGGGAAGUGGAUGGCCGUAUGUAUCCCUGUCCCAGAGAUUCGGCGACAUAUGUCUCCAUAGCUGCCGUCUCCUCCUGAGACAGAGGAUACACAUGACUACGAGGAAGCGCAGCGCCUACUUGGAGGUCUAUCGCACAAUCCCCCUGUCGAUGAGGUGGUAAUUGAGUCGCCUUCUUUUUACUGAAGGCGAGCGCCAAAUCGGCAUAUUCAGGUGGAAUGUGCAUGGGGGGAACUUGGUUCGGACUUUCCACCGUCGUUGCCCCUAUGGAAACACCUACACACCGCCCGAAACACUGAUCAGACCAUCCCUUGAGAGCCCUCUGCUGCCAUGAAAUGUUGGGGUCAUGUGACAUUAACCAGGGGAGUCCCAACACCACGGGAAACGCAGGAGAAUCCAUCAAAUACAGACUAAUUAACUCCUCAUGGCCCUCCUGCGUUUUCAUCUUGAGAGGUGCUGUGACUUCCCUAAUCAAUCCUGACCCCAAAGGACGGCUAUCUAGGGCAUGGAUGGGGAAGGGCACAUCAACGGGUACAAUAGGAAUCCCUAACUUAUAGGUGAACUGGCGAUCUAUAAAAUUCCCAGCUGCGCCUGAAUCUACUAGCGCCUUAUGCCGAUGGUGGUGGUAUCGUAGGAGGAGGUGUAGGCAGACCCCCUCUUUCCCAUCGCUCCAUAGUGCUCACCACCCGUUCCAUGGUGGUGCCGAGAGCCUGGAUCAUGGCCGCUUGUUGUUCAACGCGUUCCUCCACUGAUCCAGCUGGCACCGCCGCUCCUGCUGACUCCAUGGAAGGUGUGUGAUUCUGUCAGGAUAAACGUGUAUGCGGUGAACGAAGUCAAGUGCAGGACACCGAGAGACUGGCAGAUGUACUUUACUAAUAAACGUAAUGAAAAGUACAAAACAACAAAACCUCCAAAACCGGGAGGAACAAUAAUCGCAAUACACAGUCCUGCCGAAAACAAACUGAGAACAAUCACACACAACAAACGAAUGACAGACAGGGGUUAUAAAGGGAAACCAUCAACACUAAUGGGAAACAGGUGUACACAAAGCAGACCAAUCUAGAUGAUUGCUGAAACCUAGAUCGGUGGCAGCUAGUACUCCGGGGACGACGAACGCCGAAGCCUGCCCGAGCAAGGAGGAGGAGCAGCCUCGGCUAAAUCCGUGACACACACACACUGAAGGCCUAUGUAGGUUUAGGUGAUCACACAACAUACAUAACCUAUAGUACUAACCACUGCUAUUUUGAAUGAUCGGGAUUGCAUUAAAUUAGGGCAGAAGUUAUGAAGUUACAGAAGGAAUAUGAGAAAGGAAAAAUAGAUAUUCUGCCAGUUAAUACAGUAACUGAAGAGGAUUAUAGGAUAUGAGUACCUCACCACUUCUCUCUCUCUCGCUAUCUCUCCCUCUCCCCCCUCUCUCCCAUCCUCUCCUAUCCAGGUGGAGCCCUCUGCUGCGUUCCUGAAUACCAAUGAUGUGUUUGUCCUGAAGUCCCCUAACACUGUGUUCCUGUGGAGGGGAGUGGGGGCCACUGAGGAGGAGCUGGCUGCAGCCCAGUACGUCACCUCUUUCCUGGGAGGAGGAAGUGCCACUGAGGUGUCAGAGGGCAAGGAGCCAGGUGGGUGUUUUAGUCUUACACCUGGUCACUGUCUUAACAUAAAUAAUAAUAUAAUAUAAUAAUAUGCCAUUUAGCAGACGCUUUUAUCCAAAGCGACUUACAGUCAUGCGUGCAUACAUUUUUUUUUGUGUAUGGGUAACAUAACAUGUUUUAGUGAUGAUAGGAUUCAUUUACAUUAGGUUUUUAUCUUUUAAAUACAUUUAUUGUAACACUUUUAUUAACAAAUAAUACAUGUGAACAGUCAUUACAAAAUGAUGUACUCACUUGAAUAUAUUAUUGUGUUUUCUAUAGCUACUUUUCAUUUUUGAGGCAAAUGUCAUUGCCGGCCACUUUAUAGUUUAUUUUUCAUUGAUUGAAACUUGUUUUUCCAUACUGGUAUGAUGAGUGUUUCUGAUGUACCAUAUUGUAUUGUUCUGCAUCCUUCCCCAGCUGGGUUCUGGUCUGCUCUGGGAGGGAAGAAGGAGUACCAGACCUCUAGGAGUCUGCAGAAGAUGGUCAAGCCACCACGCCUGUUUGGCUGCUCUAACAAGACUGGCCGGCUCAUAGUGAGUAGAGGGGGGCUUUCUCUUAGUGUAAGGAUGGAGGGAUGGAAUAUUUGGUUGUGAAGGAUACUCUGUAUUCAUCUCUCUCUCUCUCUCUCUCUCUCUCUCUCUCUCUCUCUCUCUCUCUCUCAGCGCUUCAUCUCAUCUACUCGAGCGCUAUCUAGAUCUCUCUGCGCGUCUCAUCUCUCUCGCUCGCUCUCUCUAGUACUAUGCUUAUUCUUCUCUCUCUCUCGCUCUCUCUCUCACUAUCUAUAUAUCGAUCUCUACUCUCUCUCUCUCUCUCUCUCUCUCUCUCUCUCUCUCUCUCUCUCAGGCUGAGGAGGUGCCUGGAGAUUUCAACCAGUCAGACUUGGCAACUGAUGACGUCAUGCUUCUGGACACUUGGGAUCAGGUAAGGUCUUGGCCUGAUGUUGAAUACUAUUAUACAGUAUAAUCCAAUCCACAUGAUCGCAGUGGCUCUGAUACAACUGAAGUCCUGCUAUGAUCGUUUUUAAAGGAAGUGGUCCAAUCCUCCAAUCCCUCUCCACAUCCCGCUUUUAUUGUUUCCCUAUCCCAUAAUCCCCUGAGGGCGCAGGGUUGAACCCAUAGAAAUAGAAUGAUAUACUUCCUGGCAUGGGUACACUCAAAUGGCCUCCGCUCCACCCAUCAUGGAGCAAUGAUUUGAAUUGGAAUGUCUGUUCUAGUCAUUCUAUUUCUAUGGAUGAUCAACUCUCUUCUUCUAUUACUUUUACAGAUCUUCCUCUGGAUCGGCAACGAGGCCAAUGAGGUGGAGAGGACCGGAUCAGCAAAAAUUGGUACGAUUGAUUAAUAAUCUAUUGGCCAUUGUUCAAACAUACACUCAGUGUAGUCACUAACAAAAAGUGUCAAUCUUUGGCAGGGUUUCCCAAACUCUGUCCUGGGGCCCACCCCUGGGGUGCACGUUUUGGUUUUUGCCCUCGUACUACACAGCUGAUUCAAAUAAUCAAAGCUUGAUGAUGAGUUGAUUAUUUGAAUCAGCUGUGUAGUGCGAGGGCAAAAACCAAAACGUGCAUCCAAGGGGGGCACCAGGACCGAGUUUGUGAAACUCUGAUCUAUGGGACUUCAUGUAGAGCUUUCUUCUUGUCUUUCAGCCAAAGACUAUGUGGAUUCGGACCCCUCUGGUCGCCAGGGCAUUGCCAUCACUAUGAUCAAGCAGGGAAUGGAACCGCCAACCUUCACCGGCUGGUUCCAGGCCUGGGACCCCAAGAUGUGGGAAACCGACCCUCUGGAGCGUAUCCGCGCCCGCUUUUAA